AUGUUUUCGUUUGCCAAGAAGUUGGUAGAUCGAUUCGAAGGACAUACUACCCAAGAGGCUUCCCUUCAUGACUCGUAUUUCAAGAAUGCUACACAAAUAAACAACAGAGGGUUUGCACUUCGAGUUUUGCACGUUCAACCACACUCGGCCGCACAUGCCAAGGGUUUCGAAGCAUGGUUUGAUUAUAUCAUCAAAAUCAAUUCACACGAAUUGCCAAUGCAAUAUCCAAUGUCCAAUUUUCCCUACUCAGUUAAUGAGGAUGGAAGUAUAAACUAUGGUUCAAACACAACGUCCGAGCAAGCGUCGGCAAUUGAUUUUAAUUUAUUAGCUCAGGAAUUGCUGACUUUGGCAAAAACAAAUCAGGAACUAAAACUUGAUGUAUGGAAUGCCAAGGGCGGAGUAGUGAGACAAAUCAGUAUUCCAUUGGAUGAGUUCAGCAAAGAAGAAGAAAGCGAUGAUGAUUCUUCCACCAUAAAAUUGUUUGCUGACAAGUUUAAGCGAAUUGGCUUAACGGUUGAAUCGCAACAUUUAAAUACAGCCACAUAUGUAUGGAGGAUUCUAAAUACUCACCAAGGAUCUCCGGCAUUCAGGUCUCAGUUGGUCCCUCAAUCUGAUUUCAUCAUUGGGUGCGAUUCUGUUUACGUCACUGACGGGACUGGUAAAGGGCUACUUGCAAAGGGAGGCGAAUCUUUGUUGUCAAAUACGGUGUCGAAUUAUUACAAUUAUUACCACAACCAAACUCACGAGGAGUACAUUCCUAUAACACUUUACGUGUACAACCAUGAUUACGACGUCUUGCGUCCUGUCACUGUGAACUUGUCUCGCAAUUGGGGAACUGGACAUAAUCGAGGAAUCCUUGGAUGCGAUGUUGGUUAUGGUCUUCUCCAUCGUAUCCCAGAAGUCAUUGGUAAAUUCGACCAGAACUCAGUGGUUGACGAUGUGUUGUUUGAAAGUAACCAAGAUAUCCAGUACCAAGCGGAUCUUGCAACAACUGCCCCACAAUUUGACACCAACACAAAUUUUAUCAAUACGGCACCCCCACCAAUGGGGUCCGUUGUACCUCAGUCAUCAGUGUCUCCACUUCCACCAAAAUCAUCUAGUCGGAAAAAGAAGCACGUUGCAGCUCUCAAUGCGGGAGAUUCCUUGAGUGAUUACAUGAAUGAAGAGCUAGAGAAAUCCAAAAAGUUAGAUGAUAGUUCAAAACCGAAGACUUCAACAGAGACGGUGCCUCCUCCACCUAUAAGUAAAUAG